UGCGUCAUUCUCAGCUUUUCUCGCUAGCGGCGUUGAACAGCCCACUGUAGCAUGUUUGAGAAGUAAAAUAUUUGACAUAUGGUUAUAAUUCUCUGACGUUUCGAAACAGUAUACGAGAGUCGUCGACGUGAUUGAAAGAAUAUGCCGAAAAACAAAGGUAAAGGAGGAAAAAAUCGGCGGCGUGGUAAGAAUGAGAAUGAAUCUGAGAAAAGGGAGCUGGUGUUUAAAGAGGAUGGACAAGAAUAUGCUCAGGUCAUCAAGAUGUUGGGAAAUGGAAGAUUGGAGGCCAUGUGUUUUGAUGGAGUCAAACGGCUUUGUCACAUUCGAGGAAAGCUCCGGAAAAAGGUGUGGAUUAACACGUCAGACAUUAUACUCAUUGGAUUAAGAGACUACCAGGAUAACAAAGCAGAUGUAAUUUUGAAGUAUAAUGCUGAUGAAGCUCGGAGUCUGAAAGCCUAUGGAGAGCUUCCAGAACACGCCAAAAUCAACGAGACUGAUACCUUCGGGCCUGGUGAUGAUGAUGAGAUUCAGUUUGAUGAUAUUGGUGAUGAUGACGAGGACAUUGAUGAUAUCUAAGUGGAAGAAGCGGGCAAGUGAAUGUUUUUUUCAGCCUGAAGCGACAAUAUUCUCACACCUCCCAUGAAGUUGCCCCUCCAUCAAUUAUGUACAUGGAGGCUCACGUUUUGGGUUUCUCUUACUAAACACAUGACUGCAUUUUCACUCUCAAUCCAUUUUGUUAUCUUUUAAUGUAUUUAUAUUGAUUUCACAUCAAGUGGAAUUUAGUUACAAGUACAGAAUCUAUGGAUUCGCAAUAAAAAGAUAACCAAUUUUAUGUUUGGUCUUGCAGUCUGUAUCCUAAUAGACAUGUACACACAUUCUGUAAAGGUGAGGAAAACUCUUAUGAGCAGAGCUAAUGCCUCUAAAAUGCCUCUUGCCUUUUUUGAACGUUUUUGAAGUCCCUUAAGAUUUACUGGUCACAAAAUUGAUGCGUUGGACAAUGCAUUUAUAUA